AUGUCAGAGAACAAUGAAAUCAUUCCUCGCUCUGUCCUCAUUCCAAUCCAAGGAGUUCUUCUUGCGGACCACAUUGCCAAAAAUUAUGAUGCCGUCGCUGCUUUCUGUCCUGAUCCGUCGGACCUCCUCAUUGCAACUUACCCCAAAGCAGGGACCACAUGGACCCUGGAGAUAGUGGAUCUGCUUCUACACAACGGCGAUCUUGAGAUCUGCGGAAGAGCCCCAAUACCGGUCCGAACGCCUUUCCUUGAGAAUUUCGCUCGAGUCGGCAUCCCGUCAGGUCUUGACUUGCUGGCGACAAUGGACCCUCCAAGAGUCAUUAAGACACAUUUGCAGUUUCAUCUCAUUCCAAAGGGCUUUUGGGAAAACAAGUGCAAAGUUAUCUAUGUGGCUCGUAAUGCUAAGGACAACCUGGUGAGCUACUUCCACUUUAAUCACAUGAAUCUCACUCACCCUGAGCCUGGACCCUGGGAAGGCUACAUCCAAAAGUUCAUGUGUGGACAGGUGCCGUGGGGAUCCUGGUAUGAUCAUGUCAAAGGCUACUGGAAGGAGCGAGAAAACAAGAACAUCCUUUUCCUCUUCUAUGAAGACAUGAACGAGAAUCCUCGACGUGAAAUAGAGCGCAUCAUGAGGUACCUGGACUUGUCGCUUUCUGAUGAUGUCAUCAGUCGUAUUGUGGAGCUGACGUCCUUCAAGAACAUGAGGGCGAACCCGACGGUCAACUACAGUUUCAUUCCAGAGUCAGUUUUUGACCAUUCCCGCUCUACCUUUAUGAGAAAAGGAAUAGUUGGUGAUUGGAAAAAUCACUUUACACCUGAGCAGGCAGGAGCGUUUGAUGAGGACUAUGAGAAGAAAAUGAAGGAAGUGAACAUACCAUUCCGAACACAGCUCUAA